UUGCUGUCUCAUCCGAUGCUUUCGUAAGUCAUUCCCCACCUCUAUUUCUGUCAGCGAUGUUUGUACUGACUUGCUAAACUACAAGUUCCCUUUCAUCGACAACGUUUUCCGUGCCGCCCGCUCCGGCGUUAAGUACAUCGCUGCCCCUAGUGGCAGCCAGAACGACGGCCCCGUCUUCGAGACUGCGGAGAAGCUUGGCAUUGUUUUUGUCGAGCAGGGAACACGCCUCUUCCACCACUAAGCUGUUGCCAUUGCUUGAUAUAUGAUAGUCCAAAUGUUAUGCCAGUAUUUAUAUGUGAUGAUGUCAGUCCAUAUUUUCACGACUUUAUACCUAACUCUCUGGGGAAAUGAAAUAAAAGAACCUUUGAUUUUUGAGACUUUGCUCCGUGUCCUCGGUGGUAAAAUAGGAUCGAUGACCCCUCACCCGAGCCGGGCUGUUAUGGUCCUGGUUCAGUCGAGACCUCGAUACUUAUUAGCGCACACUUAUGAUCUAGAUGAGAAUUCGGGCAUCGGAUAGCAGUGUCUAAUGCUGCUGUAGAAAUAUCUGACUAAUAGAACGAUAGAUUGAAAACCGCCUGGGGUGCUUAACCAGAAGGAUCUUGGGGGGUUGAUGAGGGCCAUUAUAUUAUAGGCAAGCAUACAAAGGUAGCCCCCUUUCACUAAGCAAACAAUGGAAUAUGGCGAAAAGGCUUGAAGAUUACAGCAUAAUUUUACCUCAAAAGGUCAUUGAGAGACCACGGUCUUCAAAAGGUAAACUAUUGCCUAACUUAGGUAUGUGAAGGAUAAUGGGAUCCAUGAAAGCCAAAUCCAACCGCUGAAGCACAGUCAGCACGACCAAUCUCCGUCAUGUUUCGUGCAUCGAGGCAAAUGAGGUAGCUUGUGCCCG